UCCUGAACGUGAUUUGUGAUCAGUGAUAUUCCAGGUUUAAUGGAAACGGAAGAUGUGAAAACUCUGCAGUCGACGCAGAGAUUGUUUGUGUUGUACGAACAUGCCUCUGGCUACGCGCUCUUUCGGGUCAAGGGCUUCGACCAGAUCCAGAAAGACCCGAAGGCUGCGUCUGAUGCCUCUAUUUUUGGAUCGGCCGUGCGUCUCCAGGCAUUCUCGCCUUUCCAGUCGAGUGUCAAUGCUAUAGACAAUGCUAACUGUGUAAGCGAAGGAGUUGUGCAUGACGAUUUACGUGUGUUUCUCGAAUCUAAUCUACCACUCGAAAAGAAAAGUAAAGUUGCGCUGGGAAUCGUAGAUGGAAAACUGGGAGCUGCAGUCAUGGAGGGGCUGGGAUUGAACUGCAUAACAGCAGGAAGUAUUCCUGAAAUUGCAAGACUGAUAAAACGUCAUUUCAGUUUCUUCGUCAAAGGUCUGACCGACAAAAGCGAAAUGAAGGCUAGUUUGGGUCUGUCGCACAGUUUCUCACGGUGCAAGGUCAAAUUCAACGUGAACAGAGCAGAUAACAUGAUCAUUCAGAGCGUGAACUUAUUGGACCAACUGGACAAAGACGUGAACAUGUUUUCGAUGCGCAUCAGAGAGUGGUACUCCUACCAUUUCCCAGAACUGGUUAAGAUCGUCAACGACAACCGACUGUACAUCAAGUUAGUCAACCUUAUAAAGGACCGAAGCAAUAGCGAACAAGUUGCAGAUCAGAUCACAGAGUUGGUAGGCGAUGAAAAUAUUACGCAACAGGUUGUUCAAGCCUCUAAAACUUCGAUGGGAAUGGAAAUUUCCCCAAUUGAUCUGAUGAACAUUGAAGCCUUCAGUAAGAAAGCUACCAUGUUGGUCAACUACAGAAGUGUCUUGUUCGAGUAUCUUACGAAAAAGAUGGCCAUGAUUGCGCCCAACUUGUGCAGUUUGGUAGGAGAAAUAGUCGGAGCGAGGUUGAUCAGCCACGCUGGAAGUUUGAUAAAUUUGGCAAAGUACCCAGCAUCAACUAUCCAGAUUUUGGGCGCCGAGAAAGCUUUGUUCCGGGCUAUUAAGACGAAAACUGCGACACCGAAGUAUGGUUUGAUCUUUCACUCGACUUUUAUCGGCCGAGCGGAUAUGAAAGACAAAGGAAAGAUGUCGAGAUACUUGUCGAACAAGUGUGCAAUCGCGGCUAGGAUAGACUGCUUUUCAGAAAAGCCAAAUAUGGUCAUUGGAACGAAGUUACGAGUCAUGGUUGAAGACAGGUUGAGUUUCUUCAAGACUGGCGUGGUUCCGAAAACGAAUGAAGAGUUUAUGGAGGAAGCGUUGAACGAGCUUAAGGAGUUUGAAGAACUCGAGAAAGAAGCGAGAAAAAAGAAGAAGGAACAGAAAAGACUGAAGAAGGCGAAAGCAGCUUUGAUCGCAGAAGCGAACGGAAUGAUGGUCGAAGCUUAGAGGAUACAGAAUAAAAUAGACUUUGCAUACUGGAUCCCAGUGUUAUUUAUAGUCCACAGCAGUAUUUAAACUGUCUCUUUGGCUUGAUUAAAGUGAUUUUGAGUUGAGGAUGAUUAUUUUUAAUGUUGGGAUUCGCUUUGUUUUCUGUUUAAUCAACUACCCUACAUUGAAUAGAUUUUAUUCAAGUUGA